GGUAGAGGAGGAGGAGGAGGAGGAGGAGGAGGAGGAGGACCCAAAUAUGUUCUCCUCCAAAUUUCUCAGCGGGGCUAAUCCCCUAACUGCCAUGUCCUCUGCUGUAAAUAAGUUUGGUUUGUUUGGAGAUGAUGGAGAGGGGGACAAAAAAUCAUCUCCCCAGCAGGGGGCAAAGCCAUCUGGAGAGCAGCAGGCAGGAGCUGGCUCUGGGAAAGGCCCACAGCAGCAGCGGGGCCCCCCAAAAUCAGGCCAGAGUCCACCUAUGCAAAAGACUCAGCCUCCUACUAAGCAAGGCUCACCACAGCUGCAUGAGAAUGGACAGACUGGACCUUCAAACAAGCCUGCUGGGCAGCAAGUUACUUCAAAGCCAGGAACACAGCCUGAUGCUCAGUUUAAAGGAGAACCCCCCAAAAACCAACCUAAAGGUCCAACGCAGCAAGGUUCACCUAAGCCUGGAGCUCAACAGCAGAGUCUUUCAAAGAGUGGAGCACAACCUGGAUCUCCUAAGUUAUCAUCUCAACAGCAGGUCCCACCUAAGGCAGGGAUGCAACAGCAGGGUCCUGCUAAGACUGGCACUCAACACCAAGAAUCAGCAAAAGCCGGGAUGCAAGGGUCAACAAAGGUUGGGACUGAGUUGGGACAGCAACAGCAGGGGUCACCAAAAAUUGGUCAGCAGUCCUCUGACAAGCAAGGGAUUAAGGGACCUGGUACACCUGGCCAGACUCUGGCAGGGUCGUCAUCACCAGGAGUCACGAAAGCCAGGCCUCAAUCAAAAGCAGCGGCAAAGUCUCUUUGCCCAGUGUGUACAACAACAGAACUUAAUGUGCGUACCAAGGAUCCUCCGAACUAUAAAACCUGCACACAGUGUAAAACUGAGGUGUGCAGCUUAUGUGGCUUCAGCCCUCCAGACUCAGAUGGGCGUGAGUGGCUUUGUCUUACUUGCCAAAUACAGAGAGCUCAAGGAACUUCUGGAUCACCCGGGCCUCCCAUAAAAAAAGCCGCCACACCUAAUAAAACUCCUGCUCCUCAAAACCAGACACCAUCUCCUGUUCACUCCGUCAAAAAAGACUCAUCAGCACCAGGGUCACCUCAGAAAAUGCAGUCGACAAAAGUGCCAGCUAAGGGUGAAACUGUGAAAGGACCGGAAAGUCAAAAACAAGCUAGUCCAGCGCCUGUUCACAAAAUGACGCCUGAGACCCAGAGAGCAUCUCAAAAACCAUCUCAGACUGGUCCGGCUGGACGCAAGCAAAGCAGUGCCACCUCGGUUCCCAAGGAGGAAUCGGGAGGUUUAUUUGGCUUUGGUAGUGCUAAAACAGAAGCUGCAAAGCCAGAAGAGUCAGUGAGUGGGAAGAUGUUUGGUUUUGGUUCCUCCAUUUUCAGUUCUGCAUCUACUUUAAUAGCUUCAGCUGUUCAGGAUGAGCCUAAAACCACACCACCAAUUUCUCCAAAAAUGCAGCCCGCAAAGGAGACCAAGCCCUCUUCUGUCCCGAAGCCAGAGCAAAGCAAGAAACAAGAGCAUGCUCAGCAGUCAGUGGUAAAAUCCCCAUCAAUGGCUCCAAAGGCAGUAGCAACCUCCCCAAAUCCUCCGAAAGCAGGACAAACCUCUUGCCCACUUUGUAAGGUGGUGCUCAACGUGGGCGCAAAGGAUCUUCCCAACUACAACACCUGCACUGAAUGCAAAAGCAUUGUCUGUAAUCAAUGUGGAUUUAACCCCAUGCCAAAUGUAAAAGAGGGAAAUGAGUGGCUUUGUCUAAACUGCCAGGUGAAACGAGCCACUGAAGCAAGUGAACCUCAGAGAGCCACGUCUUUGGUUGGUUCUUUUAAAAAGACAACUCCACCACAGCCCACGCUACAGAAGAUGUCUGCUCCAGGCUCUCCUCAGAAAAAAGGUCCAGUGCCAGCAGCACAGCCAGCUAAGGUUCCAGAACCAGACAGUCACAAAAAGGUCAGCCCAGCUCCUGGUCAGGCAAAACCUGAGGAGAGCCAGAAGAAAGGUCCUCAGAAACAAACAGACCAGACAAGUCAAGUUGCACAAAAGCAAGGAAAUCUCAGUGCAGCUCCACAGCAAGAGUCGGGGGGCUUCUUUGGUUUUGGCAGUACUAAAAGUCAAACAGAGGCUACAAAGCCUGCUGAGUCAGUGACUGGGAAGAUGUUUGGUUUUGGUUCCUCAAUCUUCAACUCUGCAUCCACUUUGAUUACAUCAGCAGAGCCAAAAAUUACACCACCGGCUUCUCCCAAGAAGUCAGCUGCAAAAGAACAGGAGAAGAAACCAGAACAACUACAGCAAGUCAAGGCUUCACCAUCAGUACAGCCAAAAGCAGACAAACCUCCAUCGGAUAUGCCAAAGAAAGCAUCAGCUGUGCCAGUUCUUUCCAAGGCAGGCCAGUCUACGUGUCCUCUCUGUAAACUGGAACUCAAUGUGGGCUCGAAACAUCCUCCCAACUACAACACGUGUACUCAAUGCAAAAACACUGUUUGUAACCAGUGUGGCUUCAAUCCCAUGCCAAAUGUUAAGGAGGUGAAGGAGUGGUUAUGUCUUAACUGUCAGAUGCAGAGAGCAUUGGGAGCAUCUGAGCCUCCAGGAACUCCACUGAUGAAAACACAAGCCUCUCCAAAUAAAGUCACUGCACCUGUUAGUGCCCUGAAGAAGGAAACUCCUUCCCUAGAUAAAUCUCAAAAGAACGAAAUUCUAGUAUCUGCUGAAUCCAAAGUAAAGCAGGCCUCCCCAUCAGGAUCCCCACACCACAAACCACCUAUAACAGCACAGCAGCCAGCAAAGAGUGAAGUAGCGAAAGCUCCUGAAAGACAGGAGCAGGUCAGUCCUGCUACUGGUAAGAAAAUUCUACAGGAAGGCCAGAAGACAGGUACUCAUAGAUCACCGGACCAGACAAAUCAAACUGGAGUUAAUAAAAGUAAUAUUUCGUCUGCUAAACAAGAGGAAUCUGGAGGGUUCUUUGGAUUUGGUGGUUCCAAACCUCAACCUGACGCUGCAAAGCCUGCUGACUCACUGGGUGGAAAAAUGUUUGGCUUUGGUUCAUCCAUCUUCAGUUCAGCAUCUACUUUAAUAAACUCAGCAGCCCAAGAUGAGUCCAAAACAACACCACCGCUUUCUCCCAAGAUGCCUGUGGCAAACACAACCAAGUCACCUCUCGUUCAGAAACAUGAGCAGGAGAAGAAACCAGAGCAAGUUCAACAGCCCAAGACCUCUCCAUUGGCACAAGCCAAAGUUGACAAACAGCCCUCAGAGCCUCAGAAAGAUGCUGUGACUUCCUCAGCUAAAGCAGGCCAAUCUAACUGUCCACUCUGUAAGAUGGUACUCAACGUUGGCUCCAAGGAAGCUCCCAACUACAACAAAUGCACUGAAUGCAAGAAUAUUGUCUGUAACCAAUGCGGAUUUAAUCCAAUGCCAAAUGUGUCAGAGGUGAAUGAAUGGUUAUGCCUGAACUGUCAGGUGCAGAGAGCUCGGAGUGCUUCUGAACACACAGGGCCUCCAUUGAAACCACAAAAUGAAACUAACAAAAUACCUCCAUCUGCUGUACAUCCGAAAAUAACAGCUCCUAAACAAGUGGAAACUCUAAAGAAGGAACUGUUGAAAUCUGAUGUAUCUCCAAAGACAGAGACUCCUGUGCCCGAUACACUUCAAAAGAAGGGGAGUUCCACACCAGGUUCUCCUCAGAAGACACACCCUACAGCAGUAACACCCACAGUUAAGGCUGCUAAAGGGCCAGAAAAUGAAACACAGCCUAGCCCAGCUCCUGGUCAGAAAACUAUACCUGGCAGUUUAGACAAACAGAAGCCAAAUUACCAGGCACCUCAACCUGAACUAAAACAGACUAAGAUGGAAUCAGGUUUGAGUAGUCCUAAAACAGGCCCUGAUGCUUCGAAAACAACAGAAUCCAUGGGUGGAAAGAUGUUUGGCUUCGGCUCCUCCAUUUUCAGCUCAGCAUCCACACUGAUAUCAUCCGCUGUUCGUGACGAAUCCCGGACUACACCACCAGGUUCUCGUAAGAUGUCUGCACCAGCACAAGUCUCUCCCAAGAUAUCUGCUAUGCCCAAGAUUUCUCCAAAAACCACGCCAACAGUUUCUCCCAAAAUGUCGCCAUUGAGAGAACCAAAAACUGUUGCUCAGAAGCCAGAGUCGGAGAAGAAACCAGAUGAAUCCAAACAGGACAAAAAUCCACCACUGCCACCGAAGACAGCAACAACCUCGCAAAAUCCUCCUAAAGCAGACCAGACCACCUGUCCACUGUGUAAGAUUGAGCUUAACAUCAGCUCCAAGGAUCCUCUCAACUACAACACGUGCACUGAGUGCAGGACUACUGUCUGUAACCAGUGUGGAUUUAACUCCAUGAAUGUAGGAGAGGUAAAAGAAUGGCUGUGUCUUAACUGUCAGAUGAAAAGAGCAAUUGGGGCUUCUGAGCCUCCAGGACCUCCCCCAUUUAAGUCUCAAACAUCACCAAAUAAGGUUCCUUCAACUGCUGCAGUUCAGCUGAAUGACUCUUCCAAAUCAGUUACUGCUCAAAAGAAGGAAAUCUCAGACCCUGCACCGCAAAAGACGCAGACUUCGGAACCAGUCUCCCCACAGAGAAAACAAUCAACACCAUCAGUUCAGUCAAGCAAAUCUGUAGCUACUAUUGCACCAGUGAAACAGGGAAGCCCAGCACAUGACCAUAAAACAUUACAAGAAAAACAGAAAAUGGUGACAGAGAAACAGCCAGAUCAAGCAAACCAACCUGGACGUAAGGUCAGUAAUGCCACUGAAGCAGUACAGCAAGAGUCGGGAGGCUUUUUUGGUUUUGGUGGUCCAAAAUCUCAACCUGAUGCUACAAAGGCUGCAGAAGCAAUGGGUGGGAAGAUGUUAGGCUUUGGUUCUUCCAUCUUCAGUUCUGCAUCCACUUUAAUCACCUCGGUUCGAGAUCAGACUCCACCGGUUUCUCCAAAGAUGUCCCCUGCAAAGGACUCGAGAACUCCAACUGUCAAGAAAGUAGACCAGGAGAACAAACCAGAGCAACCACAACAAGAUAAGGGUCCAAAACCAGUACAACCCAAAGCAGAUGACAUCAGGUCCCCUGCUUCCCAGCAGACAGAGCAGCAGAAGAAAACAGAGCCAUCCCUGCAGACCAAGACACCUCCACUGGUAAAAGCCAAAGCUCCUCCAGAGUCUCCAAAACUUACAGGAUCCUCCCAAGCAGCUGUCAAACCAGGCCAGUCCACCUGUCCACUCUGUAAGGGUGAACUCAACAAGGGGUCAAAGGAGACACCUAACUACAACAUCUGCACGAAAUGCAAGAACACUGUUUGUAACCAAUGUGGAUUUAAUCCUAUGCCAAAUGAAACAGCGGUAAAGGAGUGGUUGUGUCUCAACUGCCAGAUGCAGCGGGCUCUAGGAGAACAGCCCACAGGAGCCUCUGCUGUCAAGUCUCACACUGAAAAACUCCAAAAGAAAGAAAUGACUAACCCAGCUGAACCUGAAAAGAAAGACCUAUCAGCACCGCACUCACCUCAAAGGAAAAAAUCUGUAUCAGCGCAGCCACCUGCAUCUGAAACUGCCAACAAGCCAGUGGCUCAGAAACAGGCCAGCCCAAUUCCCUCUCAGAAAGUACCACAAGAGCCAAAGAAAAUGGCAAGUCCCAACAAAUCUCCAGACCAGACAAGGCAAAGUGAACGUAAGCAAAGUAAUGCCACUGCAGCGACACAAAAAGAGUCAGGAGGUUUCUUUGGUUUUGGUGGUGUCAAAUCUCAGCCAGAUACUGAAAAGCCGACAGAGUCUGUGUCUGGAAAAAUGUUUGGAUUCGGUUCUUCCAUUUUCAGUUCAGCUUCGACUUUGAUUACAUCAGCUGUUCAGGACCAGCCCAAGACAACUCCACCAGUUUCCCCCAAAAUGUCCACUACAAAGGAGAUCAAAUCUCUUGCUGCCAAGGAGAAAAUCAAGCCAGACCAACCGCAGCAGUCUAAGACACCUCCACUGGUACAGCCCAAAGUGGACAAAGGACUGUCAGAGCCUCCAAAGGAUGUAGGAGUCUCCCAAGCAGCUGUCAGUUCAAGCAAGUCCACAUGUCCACUCUGUAAGGUUGAACUCAACAAGGGUUCUAAGGAGCCGCCUAACUACAAUACCUGCACUGAAUGCAAGAGCACAGUCUGUAACCAGUGUGGAUUUAACCCAAUGCCAGAUGAGUCAGUGCUGAAGGAGUGGCUGUGUCUAACUUGUCAGAUGCAAAGAGCCCUCACAGCAACUGAAUCAGUACAACCUCCAGUGAUGAAACCUCUUGCAUCACCCAGCAAAAUGUCCAUACUGGCCUCUGACCAAAAAGAUGUCACUGAUAGUCAAAAGAAAGAUAUAAUUUCAACACAAAAGUCCGAAGUUCCAGACAAAACUCUGAAAGAUAGCCCAACACCAGGUCCACCACAAAAGACAACUGAUAUAAUUCAAACACCAACCACCACCUCACCACCUGCAAAAGGUAUCCUGGCUUCUAUUUCAGCCCCAACAAAAGCGGAGAAAGCUAGUUCGCCGUCUGCCAAGAAUGUUCCAACCGCCACUGUACCUUCAAACAAAGAGUUCAUUUCAGACAUUAGUACAGAACUGCCUGCUCAGUCUGCUCUUGCCACCACCUCUGAAACACCAACUAAGAAAAAAGAGGAUGCCACUCCACCCACUGUUCCCCAAACUAAAGCAGUAUCAGAAAAGAGAGAAGAUGAGAAAGCCGAAACAGCUCAGAAACCCUCUGAUCAGCUAAUCAAAUCCUCUGAUGCAGAACAGCCCCAAAACACUCUAAACAAAGGAUCCCAACUAGGUGAAACAUCAUUAGAAAAAACUGCUCCACCAGCAGCACAGCCAGCAGAACAAGAGUCAGGAAGUCCCAAAUCUCAACAUGUCGCCUCAAAAGCAACUGAAGCGAUGACAGGGAAGAUGAUGGGAUUUGGUUCAUCCCUUCUCAGCUCAGCAUCUACUUUGAUUAACUCAGCUGUUGAAGAUGAGACCAAAAUUACACAACCAGCAUCGGGAGUUGAGUCCCAGACAACAGCAAGCACACGGAGAAUGUCUGGCCAGCAAGUCUCUGACAAAAUGACAGAAUUACAAAAGUCCAGCCCUCCAGUUUCUCCAAGGAUUACUUCAGAAAAGGAGGUGAAACCACAUGCUGCUCAGACACAUGAUGUAGAGAAGAUCCCAGACCAGCAUCCGCAGGCCAAGGCUCCUGCACCAGGACAAACCAAUGGAGACAAAGGCCCAGUAGAGCCUGAAAAAACAGACGCUUCCCAAGCUGUUCCCAAAGUGGGUCAGUCUACCUGUCCACUGUGUAAGGUGGAACUUAACAUGGAUUCCAAAAAUCCUCCCAACUACAACACCUGCACUGAAUGCAAAACCAUUGUCUGUAGCAAGUGUGGCUUCAGUCCAAUGCCAAAUGUAACAGAGGUGAAGGAAUGGCUGUGUCUCAACUGCCAGAUGCAGAGAGCACUUGGAGCUUCCGAACCUCCGGGCCUUCCUAUGAUAAAACCACAACCAUCACCAAGCAAAGAGGUCCCUGCCACAACACAGAAGAAAACAACGCCAGUGUCAACUUCUCAGGGAGAUAUUCCUAAACCAGACGCAAUCAAAAAUGAAAUUGUUGAUGUUCCCACAACCAAAGAAUCUAGCUCCCCAGUACCAACAAAGAAAAUUGCCCCUACAGCUGCUUUAUUGUCUGACAAAACUGUUCCAUCUACUGUCACAAAGACUGAUGUUUCACCCACUUUACAAAAGCCUUCUGUACCAAAAGAACAGGCCGGUACCCCGCAGCAAAAGGCUGCUGCUCCAUCUGCUCCUGAGGCAGUAAAACCAUCCCCACAACAGCAUCCAAAAGCUGGGACCUCCCCACUUAAAUCUGUACCUGCUCAGCCAGCAAAACAGGACUCGGGAGGCUUCUUUGGUUUUGGUGGUCCUAAAACACAGCCUGCUGUGGCAAAAUCCAAUGAGUCUGUGACAGGAAAGAUGUUUGGCUUUGGGUCAUCUUUCUUAAGCUCUGCAUCCACUUUGAUAACCUCAGCUGUCCAGGAUGAACCUAAAACUACACCACCUAGUCCACGUAAGAUGUCCACCACAACCAAUGUCACUCCUAAAACUACACCACCAACUCCACGUAAGAUGUCCGUCACAACCAAUGUCACUGCUAAGACUACACCACCAGACUCUCCUAAAAAAGUACCUGCAAAAGACACCAAACCACCUGCUGCCCUAAAAAACGAGGAGAAGAAAACAGAAAAAGCACAGGAGGGAAAGAUUAUUUCAACAGUACAAGCCAAAGUGGACAAAGCGACUUCGGAGGUCCCCAAGGUACCAACAGAAACCCAAGGUGCUUCAAAAGCAGACCAAUCCAAUUGUCCACUGUGUAAGGUCGAACUCAAUGUGGGCUCAAAGGAUUCCCCCAACUACAAUACUUGCACAGAAUGCAAGACCACUGUCUGCAACCAGUGUGGAUUUAAUCCAAUGCCAAAUGUGACAGAGGUGAAGGAGUGGCUUUGUCUAAACUGCCAGAUGCAGAGAGCCCUAAGUGUAUCAGAGCCCACUAAACCUGCUGUAUUGAAACCACAGCCUCUGCCAAGCAAGGUUUCUACAACUGCUGAAGAAAAGGGCAUGCAGAUAUUAGACCAGAAGGAGAAGCCUACAAUAUCUGCAGAAGUCCAAAAAGAAGUCUCUCAAACAACUCUUGACAAAAAGGAAAUGCUCAAAACUGAGGACUCGGUAACAGCUGCAGUCCAGAGGAUAGAUUCAACAAUGAAGGAUUCUUUACAAAAGACACAGGAGCUUUCUGGUGUCAAACAAGGACAAGGCCAGAAUGUGACUGGGCAGCAACAGGCUAAAAAACCCCCACAUGUGACUUCUCAAAUUACAAAGCCAGAGGCAAAGCCAGUUGUUGCAAAAAAAGAAGAUGGCAAACUGCCACCACAACCUUCAAAAUCUGUGACCCCUCCCCCUAAAUCUAUACCACAGCCUGCUCAGGCUACUAAGCAGGAGUCAGGAGGCUUCUUUGGCUUUGGUGCCUCUAAAACACAACCAGCUGCAGCAAAACCUGCUGAGUCAGUGACUGGGAAGAUGUUUGGGUUUGGAUCCUCUAUUUUUAGUUCUGCAUCUACACUGAUAACCUCAGCUGUUCAAGAUGAAUCUAAAACUACACCACCAUCUUCGCGUAAGAUGUCAACUACAGCCCACGUUUCUCCCAAAACUACACCUCCAGUUUCUCCUAAGUUGGUUAAGGAAGUUAAGGAUAGCAGACCACCUUCUGCACAAAAAGCUGAGCCACCUCAACAGGCUAAGCCUACUCCAUCAACGCAGUUCAAAGUAGAGAAAGCCCCACCAGAGCUCCCAAAACCCACAGAAGUGACACAGGUUGCUUCUAAGGCGGGUGAGUCCAACUGUCCACUCUGUAAGGUCGAACUCAACAUGGGCUCCAAGGAUACUCCCAAUUACAACACCUGUACUGAAUGCAAGAACACUGUCUGCAAUCUUUGUGGAUUUAACCCCAUGCCUCAUACAGCAGUGAAGGAAUGGCUGUGUUUGAAUUGCCAGACACAAAGGGCUCUGUCAGGACAACUGGUAGACUCUGGAAAAAUGCCUCCACCUUCAGCUACACCUGCCAAGCCAGAAAUCCAAGCCACACCUGCAAACAAAAAGGCAGAUCACAAAGUUGCAGACACAAUGGCAGAGCCCAAACUUGGAGCUACAAAAUCACAACCUGUACCUGUACCUGUCCCUGUCGAGGUCAUACCAACAGUUCCAAUCACAAAAGCAAAAAUAGAAUCUACACUUGAUCAGACGGAGGCUACAGAGGUUUCAACACAAAUUGAGCCUGGGACAAUGAGCAUAACCACAACAGCAAAGGUUCCAUUGGUUUUGGCAGAAAACCAGCCUUUGGCAGAAUCCGCAACAGAUUCUUUUAUACCUAUUAUGACUCCUGUGCAACAGACAGAGUUAACGCCAAAAGCUGCACCACCAAACACUGAUCUUCACAAGACAGAAACCAUGGAAAACAAAGAUGAGGGAGUGAAAAUGGAUACCGGUGCAGCAGAAUCAACUAAAGAUACAGUGGUUGAGGCUGAUCUUCCAGCAGUUGAAGAUACAGCAUCUUCUUUCAAAGAGACUGAGGUUACAGAUGAACCCACACCCCCUAUUUCUGCAGAGGUUACAACAGUCGACAUUGUUCAUGAGACUGAGACAAAGCCGGGGCUUUCUGUUAAAGAGAGGAUUAAAACAGAGCCUGAUGAUCACAUCAAACUGACAGAGGCAGCAAAACCUCUGCAGCAAGUUGAUGUGCAACCAAAGUCUCAAGAAAAAGAUCUAGUUAUGGAAAUGGAACAAGUCAUAGCAGCUGACAGAAAGGAAAUAGAUGAUAAGCCGAUUCAAACGAUUAGUGACACCACCCCAACUGCAAAUGAGUCACAACCAGAAAGCAUUAUAUUAAAAGAUCAAGAUGCAAACAAAGAAGAGUCAAAAGAAAAAAGGAGGUUCUCUAUACCCAUUGGGCAGGUUCCAUUGGAAAAUGUUGCCCUGGUGACUACAAUGCCUGAAUUUAAAGCAGAUGAGUAUGAUGAAGAUAAACCCCAGAUUUUACCCAUUUUACUGGAAUUGACUGAUGGACAAACAAGCGAUGCAAGUAAAAAUGGUAGAAAUAAAGAUUCAUCCAUUCCAGUAAAAGAGGAGGUUAAACCUGACAGAAGGCGUCUAAGUUUCCACCCAGUUGAUGAAAGCAGUGAAAGCGAGCUCACACCAUCACCAUCACCUAAAGUCCACAGGAGGAAUCAGGAAGUGACCAAUGUUUCAUCAAGCAGUGAAGAUAUCAAAACUGAAAGCGCUGACUCCUCCGUCGAAGAUGAAGAGUUCAUCCGCAAGCAGAUAAUGGGUAUGGGUAAUGAAGAAGACAUGUCUGUAUCAGAAGACGAGAAAGAAAACAAUUUGGCAAAUGUCAAGGAGGUCGAGCUUGACAAUGCUUCAGUAACAACUCAACCACUGUCUGAAAAAGGGACCAAAGAUAAUGAAGAGAGCUCAGAUGGGAAAAAGACUCCUCCAAAAGCUGUCACUGCAAAUGAAAAUGUUCCUGAAACAAUGCCCAGGACUACUUUCAAGAAAGCUAUUCCAGUCGUGAGACAGAGACAAAGCACUGAUGAAGAAGUAGAGAGCAUUACAGAAUCCUUGUCAAAGGGCUCAUCAAGUGUUCAGGCAUCUAGUUUCACACCAGGAUCUUCACCUACUUCAGCCUCAUCUCUGGAGGAGGACAGUGAUAGCAGUCCUAGUCGCAAGAAAGUCAGUAAGGACAAACAGCAGCGAAAAGGUAAGCACAGGCAGCCAACUCAGCCUCUCCCCACCAUUGAAGAUUCCUCUGAAGAAGAGAAGAUGGGAACCCAUGCCCAACCACUGUCUCCACCCAAGGAUGUUUACUCCACAGAGGAUCUAAAAGAGGUCACCGUAACAGAUGAAAGCCAUAGAACAUCUGGCUCUGACUACUCAGCUAGCAUAGAGUCAGAACCAGAAGUCAGGCGAGCUGUACAGAGAGGACGUAAACCUUCACCAACAGUCAUACCUUAUCAUACAUCAUCUGAUCCUUUUGAAGACAAAGAUACUGUGACAAAAUCACUCAAGAGCGCUGAAGAAGCAUAUGAGGAGAUUAUUCAGAAGACAAAAGCUAUUCCAGGAGAGAGUCCUCCUGAUGUCGAACCACUUUAUGGGGGAAUGGCAAUAGAGGACUAUCUUUAUGAAUCAUUAGUUGAAGAGCCUGAAAUAAAGAUAAGUGAGUUUCAAGAAGAAGAACCCAAACACGAUACUGCCUCUGAAUCUCUUAAAAAACUCAGGUCUCCAGAGGAAGUUUAUGAGGAAAUGAUGCUGAAAAAGAGAGAACUGAUGAUGAUAGAGCAAGAAUUUCAGCAAGCCCAGACUGCCCUGGAAUCUUCCCCAGGGGGGUCAUCUGUUGCUGGUCCAUCUUCAGCUGUUGAGACCUGUGUGGUGGCCAUGCCUACAGAAGAAAUAUAUCUCACUGAACAAACUGAUAAUUCUCUAAGCGCCGAGUCCAGUGAAUUUCCAGUGAAGAAAAAGAAACGACCAGCCCCCCCACGACCUUCAGAACCACCUAAGCGACCUGAGGUAACUGUUAUUCCCAGUACUCCAAGUGGCUCUAUAGGUUUCAUUAGACCUAUGGUUCCUCAAGAUCCUGCACUCAUGAAAGCACUGUUCCCCAUACCAGACCUUAAGAUUACACAGUGUUCAUCUGGGGAGGAGGAGGAUGAUAGUCUUGCAGACGAGUACGGCAUUGGUGUUUCUUCUGAUAUUACCCCUAGUGAUGACUCAGAGACUAAAGAAGAUACAUCUAUAAGUCCACCUUUGUCUGAGACCACUGAGAUAGAGCCUAUAUGUGUGGUCUGUGAAAUUCCAGAGCCAAAACCAAUUCCAACACCAAUUUCAGCCCCAGAACUAACUACUACACCUUCUCCUGUUUCACCAAUGUCAUCUCCAACUUCACCAGCUACUCCAGAUUCCAGUUUGGAUUCUAAUGCCACAUCUUCUUCCUCAAUCCAGGCUCAAACACCUGUUUCGUCAGAUUCUACUCCACUGUCUACACCGACGCCACCAACAUCAUUUAAAAUGCAAUCACCUCCAGAAAUCUCACCAUUGCCUGUCACAAUUGCAACCGCACCAUCUACUGUACCACCAGUCCCUUGUCCUACUUCAGCCACAGUUGUAGUUACAAUACCAGAUGUAGUGUCUGAUCCAUCCACAGCGCAAUCAGCUGCAGUAGCUGGGAAUGCUUCUGUUGCUGCACCUGCAACUCCAGCCUUUGUGGAGAUAUCUUCUGCUGUGCCCGUGGUAGUCCAAAUGCCAGACUUGGUUUCAUCUCCAUCUCAAGUACCAGUUAAGGUUCCAACUGGUUUACAAGUCUCAUCAGCAACUCCAGCACCUGUUGUUGUUUCAGCUCAAACUACAGCCCUAGUUACAGCUCUACCAGUUGACGUCUCCACUCCAACUUCAACCAGUAAAGUUUCGGCUUCUGUCAGCAUGACCUCCUGCUCUGGGCCAGUUAUAGUCCAGAUGCCUGACCUUGUUUCUACAACAGCUCCGGUAUUUGGACAAACCCCACUACCAGUCUCUGCAUUCAUAACUACCAAAGCUCAAGCGCAAGCCCAAGUGGUACAUUCAGUUCCUGUGGCAUCAGCCAUUCCAUCAAUAAGUCCAGCCUUAGCUCAAACUGCCCAGGUGCCUCCACCAGCUCCAGCAUCAACUACUAUAGUCAAAAAGAAGGUCCCACCACCUCCUCCCCCUCGGUCUACUUCAGUAUCAUUACCUGAGAGUAAUGCAGACAAUAUCACACCCACUACAUUAGGAACUACAGUGGCUGGCCAGCCAAUGCAGUCUGUAGUUGUGGAUAUACAGCCAAAAAUGGAAGUAAUUCAACCAGAUAAUAUAGAUCAAGUACCUCAAGUUGUGAAACCAACCAGACAGGGUCAUGUAGUCAUCAUUGUGCCCAGUGCAGAAAAUAUAUCCCUUCUUGGACAGACCACACAAGACAAAGCUAGCACAGGGCCAAUAUCUGACACUUCUCAUCCAGAAAGUAGUCAAAUUGUCACACACCAGGCAUCAGAUACAUGCAGCACAGAUAUAUAUUCAGUAUCCAGUAAGGUGUCAGCAGUGCAAGUAGCGUCAGUUUCACCGCUUCCACCGAAACCUACACAGAUGACAAAAGCUGAACACACAUCUGACGUAUCUGCAGAUUCAACUCCACCGCCUUCCUCUGCUUUACCCAAACCAUCAGUUUAUCCUAAGUCUUCACUUCCCACUGGAGUGACAGCUGCUAUAGGAGCAGAUGCGCCUGUUUAUGUUAUAACUGGUCCAAGUCAAACUACUAAGCCUCCUCCACCUAUACCACCCAAACCUAUAUCAAUUCCAGCUGGACUGGUUUUCAGCCACAAGCCAGGAGAGAGUGUCAAGCCACCUCCUCCUGCUGUGGCCCCCAAAGCAGCAACACUACCCAGGAUGAAAGAGCCUCCAAAGGCUUUAUCACUUAGCCUGACACGACCUGUGGAAUCUAAGUUGGGUGCCUCAUCUCCUAAGUCACCUUUGUCUCCUAGACAUGCCAAAUGUUUACAGACCUAUGUAGUGAUAACACUUCCAUCAGAGCCUGGCUCACCAACAGAGGCCAUAACAGUUCAGGCACCCGUAAGACGAGGGUCCAUCCCGUCUACAAAAGUUUCAAGUGUAUGGACCCCACCAUCAGAGCAGAAAACACCCACUGAGGGAUUCUCAGCACAGGCUACAGUUAGGAGAGCUUCUGUUCCUACUGUAAGGCAACCUCCUCCGAUACCUGUAGCUCCAACUGUGGCAGAAGUGCAAGUGACAAGCUCAGAGGUAGUGGGUGUUGAAGUGCAAGGGAAGAGAGACUCUGUUCCUUCUGUAGGGCAGCCACCCCUCACUGCUGAUAUAAUUACUGUAUCAUCAGAUCAGGAAAUUCCUAUCCAGGUACAUGCUGUACCUCUACCAAUAAAGAAACCAUAUGUGCAACAACAACUAUCAAUGCCACCGCCACCACUUAAAUCAACGUCCGGGGUAUCUGUAAUGCUACCUGAGCCAGAAGUUCUUACUCAGCCACAAACAGUCCAAGUCAAAGCAAGAGCAGAGUCUAUACCAUACAUCCCCCAGCAUCCAAGCAUGACAACUGUCCUAACUAUUUCUCCAGAGGCUUCAGUUGAAGCAUUGCUUCCCCAGGCCCCAGAACUAACUGAAUUUGUGCAGUUGGAGCUGACAGAAGUUAUUACUGUACCACUGCAGCCUGAAGUAUCUGCACAAGUCCCCCAAGAGAUGCUACAUCCAGUCUACUCAACUGUUCUUUAUCCACAAGUUGACUCACAAAUAGAAAUGCAACAAAGAGAAGAAGAAAUAUCUACUGAUGUUGUUACAGAAACAGACCCAACAGGACCAUUUGAGCCAGACGUAAGUCAGCAAAUUGCUGACAAACAGCCAAUUCCAGUGUUUGAAACAUUAACUCACGCUAAAGAGCAAGAAUUGCCUACAGGUUUUAACAAUACCUGCACCAUUUCUGAAUUCUCAUCAGUACCACAAACUGCACAGCCUUUAGAAAUUCUGCCUUUGGUGACAGAGCACAUACCUAUACAGCAACCACUUUUUACAGCUGAAAUGGUGACCCUCCCUACAAAGUCUGCAUUACCCACAGAGGUUAUUACAGGUGGCACUGCUGUUGGAAUACCAGAAGUAGCAAUUGUAUCUCCAGUACCUCAACGCCUGCCUAUUGAAGUUACCCCAACAUCUGUGGUAGCUGAGUUAACAUCAGCGAGUCCAGCUGCUAAGAUGGAAACUCCUAUAACAGCUACAGUAACACCAACACAUUUUGUGAUGGAAGUUCAACCAUUUGCAACACUCGGACACACAGAUAUUCCUCCUGAUAAUUACGUUCCACAGGUCUAUGGAACAAUUACAUCAUCAGUGAUGCCCCGUUCAAUUCCACCUCUGGAGGUCAUAGCAUUGCAGUCUGGAUGUGAAACACCCACAGAGAUUAUUACAAAGGGUUCUGAUGUAAGAAGAGCUUCAAUACCAUCACCAGCAAUACAACCUCUGGCAGUGGCUGGUAUGCCAGUUAUUAAAACAGAGGAAACCACCAGUAGGAGGAGGACAUCCAUAUCAUCCAUAGUACAGCCGACACACACCACAACUGAGAUAUUUCCUUAUCCAGCAGAGUAUGACAUGCCAUCGCAAGUGGUUACAACAGAGGCUUUUUCUGCCACUAGGAGACAAUCCAUAACCAUGCAGCAACCAUUACAAUUGGUACAUGUCGUAAACAUGCCUGCUGAAAAAGAUAUUCCUGCUGGUGGUUAUGAUGGUCAGGCCCUUUACAGGAGAGAAUCUGUUCCCUCAACAGAACAGCGGCCACAAGUAUUGACUUAUCCAUCAGAAUAUGACCACCCUGUUGAGAUAAUAACUACUGACGCGUAUACCAGGAGAACGUCAAUGCCCACCAUGCAGGACAUUCCACAGGUUGUAUCUGUGGCUCCAAUUACCAUCACUAAAAUUCAGCAAGAGUCUAUUGAGAGCCAAGAGAUUAGAGGACCAGAAAAGGUGGUCUCUAGUAUGAGUCAUAUGUAUUCUUCUUCAAUUUCCACUGCAGGGCAGCCUCCUGAGAGUCUGCCCAACCUCGUAACUCAGGUGGUCACCACUGAGGUCCAGAGGACCACUGUUUCUGUUGUCCAUGAAAGACUUCCACAGGUCCCUCCACCAAGUGUAGCAAUCACUAUACAGCCAGACACAGCUAAAGUCCAACCUGUACCCAAACACAAUGGUAAGAUCAUUUAUCCUGGUGAUGUUGUUGAUUUACGCACUAUGAAGGUUGGCAUAAAGAUGACUGAGCAAGGCAUGGACCUGACCCCACCUGCUUCAUGUCGACAGUCUUUUUCAAGUGAUUCUAGUGGACGUCAAAUAACAGCAGUACAGCCUAAUAUAGUAAAUCUCAGUGCAGAAGUCACCCCUGCAACAACGCUGUCUGUUGUCACUGACAGCAUUACAAUAGUAACAUGCACAGCCACUAUAGCUUCAUAUAACAACAUUCCAGCAGAGAAACCGCUCGAUUUGCAGGGUCCUGUUACGUCAUUGCCUCUGCCUCUCACCACAUACAAAUCAUUUGAACCACUAGCGCAGAUUGUAUACAGACCUGUGAAUUCCAGACCUGCAGUCAGUGCUGCAGCAUCUGCAGCCCAGGACUUGCCCAUUAACCUUUCCUUUGAAGCUCUUGUCUCCUCCAGAGAAAAACAGCCAAUGUCCUCAGCCCCAGCAAUUAUCAGCAAUGGAGGUCCUGUACUUUCUCUAGAAGCCACAGGAGCCAUGGAUCUGUCAAACUACAGGCCAGUGAGAGCUAUGGUGACUUUGUCUGGUACUAGCCCUGGAGUGGUGACCACUGUUGUAGAGGACGAUGGGACUCCAGUGGAUCUUACAGCUGGUAGAAGAAGUGUAUGCUGUGAUGUCAUCUACAAGCUACCAUUCACAGGAAGCUGCAGAACACAGCCCCCAGUUACAAUCCAGCCUGACAAUCGGUUUGGCUAUAGAGAUGACCACUAUCAAUAUGAUAAUGCUGGAUUGUAUGGUAUCAAAGGAAUGAAUGGUAUAAAAGCAUCAAUGUCUGAGACCAACUUAACAGAGGCAGGACUGUUCUCCUAUGAUCCCAAGAGUGACUUUGACUACCUCUCUGGGUCUUCGGAUAGUGCUAUAGACCUCACUGCUGCUAAAAUUUCUGCUGGUAAAGCGCUAGACUACACUAGCAAAGCUACUGGAGUCUACCCCGUGAUGACUACUGCUCCAUACUCUCAGGUCCCUGCAGCUGGAUUUGGUGUAAAUAGUGCUCUAAGAACCUCAGAUGGAAUAGUUUACUCUUCAGUUGCUGCCCCAAUUCCAUCCACUUAUGCAAUUACAACUCAACCAGGGUCCAUCUUUAGUACUACCUUAACACCUACAUCAACAGUCCAGAACCAGUCAAUGCCACAUCCAUAUGGCUUCCUUCCCACUACAGACCCAGGACAGCUAAUUCCUUUUGACACUGGGCUACCUAAGGAGCUUCUACCCACAGCUUUGGCAGACAUCAUAACCGGCUAUCCAGACAUGUACUCAGACACCACCUUGGAAGCAAUUGCAGCCUCCCUGGAUGCCUUAGCGUCUUCCCCAAUAUUCCCUGGUUUAGACAACACCAAGAUGGCCCAGUAUCAGAUGGAGAGGGAGUUCCUAGAACUAGAGAAACUUAAGCAGCUGUGUCUUGCUGAGGAGCUGGAGUGGGAAAGGCAGGAAAUCCACCGUUACAGAGAACAGGAACAGCUUAUGGUCCAAAGGGAGCUUGAGGAACUUCAGGCUCUGAAACAACAACUUCUCCUGCAGCAAGAAGAAGAGCAUCAUGCCCAUAUGGUGGCCCAGCAGGAGACCUAUGCCCAACAGAAAGAGCAGUUGCAGCAAAUUCAACAACUGCAGCUGCAACUCCAACGACAGCUAGAUGAGCACUAUGGCAGCACAGGGCACCUUCUAGAUGCUAAAUAUGCAGGAGUAGGGGAUAGUGGUCAGUACUGGCCUGUCAAAGAUGAGUCCACAACUCCAACUGUUGGGACACGUAUAGAGGAAACCCAUGACCAGCUAAAUCUAGUAAAGCUUCAAGCUGAUCAGGACAUAGGGAAAAAAAUAAUUGAUAGUGGAGUGCAGACAGACGAUGAAGACUCAGCAGAGAAGCAACAUGUGGGAAGAAGAAAGAAAAAUAAAAGAAAUGUUGAUAGCUCAGCUCAGACUGAUGAUGAGGACCAAGAUGAAUGGGAUGCUCCCACAAAAGCUCGACGACGCUCUCGAAAGCAUAGCAGUGAUGGGAAACAUGGCUCCAAAGUAUCUAGUAUUGCUAUCCAGACAGUGGCAGAGAUAUCUGUACAGACUGACCACUCGGGAACUAUCAAACGACCCAAUGUCCAGAUGGACACAAAGGUAGAAAUUAUCAAGCACAUAUCAGCUCCAGAAAACUCUCAGAGAGGUGGUAGUCUAAGCUGUCAGACAGACUCAGACAGAAGGCACACACCCAUUGAGAUUGGGUACAGCACACAUCUAACGGCUGACGUUCCCUCCAAAUCUAAAAUCUUCUACACCCAAGUCUCCCCGCUGUCACCAGAAAAGUCACUCGGAGGACAGAGAAUGCUGACUGCUGACCCAACUAGGUUUUCUUCUGGCCCACGGAUACUAAAGCCCGGUCAGAAGUCUCUUUCUGAUCCAAAAUCCCUUACUGCUUCCGCAGACGACAGGAUGGGAGGAUACUAUGCAGACAGCUAUUCUGGCCGAGGAUCUCCCUCUGGUACAGGUAAAAAGGUUAAGCGGACACUACCAGACCCCCCACCCGAAGAUGACUCUCUGACAGGAAGGUCAGGCUACAGCACCAAUUCUGCUCGCCGCCGUCUUGCUCGUAGUACAACGAUGGCCAGGGCAAAGAUUCUGCAGGAUAUUGACAAAGAGCUUGAUCUGGUGGAGAGAGAGUCUUCAAAACUUCGCAAGAAACAGGCUGAGCUAGAUGAAGAGGAAAAGGAGAUUGAUGCCAAGCUACGGUACCUGGAGAUGGGUAUAAACCGCCGUAAGGAGGCCUUGCUGAAGGAAAGAGAGAAGAGAGAGAGGGCCUAUCUCCAGGGGGUGGCAGAGGAAAGAGACUACAUGUCAGACAGUGAAGUUAGCAACAUAAGAGAAGCCAGGGGUGAAGGACUUGAGAGACCACGGACGGCUCCCCAGUCAGAAUUUGAGCAGUUCAUCCCCCCACAGACAGAAGCUGAUUCCCAAUACAACACACUAACUAGUCCCUACUCACAUUAUCCUCAGUAUGCCCCGCAGACCCAAACCACCAGCCACUAUACCCAACAGAACUUGUAUCAGCAACAGUCCCUUUACCACCAACAAGUGUCUCCUUACCCAACCCUAUCACUCUCCCAUGCCCAGGCUCAAUCUGGCAGUUACCAACAUGCUCUGCUCUUGCAGCAGGGUAAACAACGUCAAACCACCCUUUCUGAUUUAGAGCCAAAAAUUACUACCAACUAUGAGGUGAUACGCAACCAGCCUCUUCUCAUUGUGCCAGCCUCCACAGAGAGUGGUUAUGGGGUGGCUCAUCUGGGGAGCAAGUAUGGCAACUUGGACUUGAGGCUAGGACUAGAGGAAAGAAGCAUGGCCUCUAGUCCCAUGUCUAGCAUUUCUGCUGAUUCCUUCUAUGCUGAUAUUGACCACCAUAAUGCCAGGAACUAUGUGCUGAUAGAGGAUAUAGGGGAGCUUACCAAGGCAUCGACGGGGCUGAGCAAUACUGGCUUGGGUUCUGGAUUCAACCUGCCUGAUAAGGAGUUGUCCAAGGCAGACAGACUACUCAGGGCAGCAGACGCCAGGCGCACAGCAGAGGUGGCAGAAUUUUUAGGUUCAUCUCGACUUCAGGGUUAUGGUAAAGGAGAAGAUGACACUAUGGAGGAGCCUUAUGAACUGAAGCUACUAAAACAGCAGAUCAAGCAGGAGUUCAGGCGAGGAACUGAGGGACUAGAACACUUAACAGGACUAGGGCUGCCCCACUAUCUCCCCAGUGACAGCAGUUUUCGCCAUUUUCCUAAAGGUGAGAAAUAUAGUAUUGGUCGUCUCACCCUUGAAAAACAGGCUGCAAAGCAACUCCCAGCCGCCGUGCUUUACCAGAAGCAGAUGAAGAAUAAAAAGGCCUUAAUAGACCCAAAGGCCAUCACAAAGUUUUCCCCAAUUCAAGAAAGCAGGGACCUUGAGCCAGAAUUUGGCAGCUACAUGGGAUCUGGAGCCUCCUCUGUAUCCAAUCUGGCUGCUAGGGCUAGGUUGCUUCAGGAUGAGAUUACUUUUGGACUAAGAAAGAACUUGUCUGAGCAGCAGAAAUAUCUGGGUUCCUCCUUGGGGGCCAACCUGUCAGGUUCUCUGAAUCUUGGGCAGUCUCUUGCACUAGGAUCCACUAUUAGGGCCACUGCCCAGGAUGAUGGCACCUACCCAAGUGGCACUCGCUCCCGUCCCUCUUCUCGCCCCUCUUCUCGCCCUUCUUCCGUCUAUGGCUUGGAUUUAUCUAUCAAAAGAGACCUAUCCAGUUCCUCACUGAGACUUAAAACAGAGGGAGAGGUCCUGGAUGCAGCAUUUGCCCCUGGGGUGGCCAGGGCAAAACCUACCAGUUUACCUAUCAGCCAAAGCCGGGGCCGCAUCCCCAUUGUGGCUCAGAACUCUGAGGAGGAAAGCCCUCUGAGCCCAGUGGGGCAGCCUAUGGGUAUGGCUAGAGCUUCAGCUGGUCCUCUCCCUCCCAUCUCUGCUGACUCAAGGGACCAAUUUGGGUCUAGCCAUUCUUUGCCAGAGGUACAACAACAUAUGAGGGAGGAAUCCCGGACGCGUGGCUAUGAUCGAGAUAUCGCGUUCAUCAUGGAUGACUUGCAAGGCGCCAUGUCUGACAGUGAAGCACUAAGUGAGUCCAUGCUGGCUUUGAACAGAGAUGAUGCGAGAAUCUUUCAUGAAAGUAUCAGACACGCUGGAGGCCCAAACUGGAAUAUAGAAGCCUACCACCUGAGGCGGGAAGACACCGACUGGUUUGAUAAGCCUAGAGAAGGGCAUCCUCAGAGUGGAAGCAUUUCAGACAGAAGACAGAUGAAACUGGUUCCUUAUGCCUUCCCUCACACUCACAUCAAGCUUAAGAGAGACAUGAAGGACACCAGUGUAUCAGGGAAUGGGCUUGGGAUCCGCGUGGUAGGCGGGAAGGAGAUUCCAGGCAGCCAUGGAGAGAUUGGAGCCUAUAUUGCCAAGGUCAUCCCUGGUGGUGUGGCUGAAGAAACUGGAAAAGUUAUAGAGGGAAUGCAGGUGCUGGAGUGGAACGGAGUCCCGCUAAUGGGAAAGACUUACGAGGAAGUGCAGUGCAUCAUGGGCCAGCCAUGUGCAGAGGCGGAGCUCUGUGUGAGACUCGACCUUAAUAUGCUGUCUGACCCUGAGCACCCACAAGCCCUGGAGCACCAUGUCCAGCUUAAGGCUGGAGGGCAGCGUUCCCCCGGUGUGGAUCCUAAGCAGUUGGCUGCAGAGCUGCAGAAGGUGUCUCAGCAGCAGGCUCCUGGUAUGGCUGGGGCAGUUGUUGGAACUGGGGGUUUGGGGGUCCUUUCUGCACUGGAGCGCUCUGCCCUCCUCCACUCAGGUACUGGAUCAGCCGCUUCCAGUGGAGUGCCAAGCCCCGGCCAGCCUGGAUCCCCUGCCAUAAACAAGAAACAGCGACAAAAGCCAACAGAGGUGAUAAAGACACCUCACCCGAUCACAGGAGAAAUUCAGCUCCAGAUCAACUAUGACAGAAACCUAGGAAACCUGAUCGUCCAUGUCCUGCAGGCUAGAAACCUGGCCCCGAGGGACAACGACGGCUACUCUGACCCUUUUGUGAAAGUGUACCUCCUUCCUGGGAGAGGCCAAGUCAUGGUUGUCCAGAAUGCAAGUGCUGAUAACAGGAGAAGGACCAAGUAUGCCCAGAAGACCACGAACCCUGAAUGGAACCAGACCGUCAUCUACAAGAACAUUCAUUUGGAGCAGUUGAAGAAAAAGACCCUGGAGGUGACAGUGUGGGAUUAUGACAGAUCCUCCUCCAAUGACUUUCUUGGAGAAGUGCUGAUUGACUUGUCAAACACUGCCCAGCUGGACAACACUCCUCGCUGGCUGCCUCUGAAGGAGCAAAGUGAAAGCAUUGAGCACAGCAGAGCCCACCAUGCAGCCCAGGGCCCGCCAGGGUCCGGGUCAGGUCAAGGUCUUGGUCAGGGAUAUGGCCAGGGUCAGGCCCACAUGUCAGGGCCCGGACAGGGGCAUGGAAUGGGACAGGGUCUCGCUCCGGGGCAGGGAGAAGGGGGUCACGAUUCACCUAAAAACUCUGUCAUCAAGAGCAGAAGCCACGGAAUCUUCCCUGAUCCAGCCAAAGACAUGCAAAUGUUGCCUUUGGAAAAGUCACACAGCAGCCCGGGCAGCUCAAAGUCUUCCUCUGACGGCCAACUGCGCUCCCAUGGCCCGUCCCGAAGCCAAAGCAAGAGCAGCGUCACUCAGGCCCACCUUGAAGAUGCCGGGAUAGCCAUUGCUGCUGCCGAGGCUGCCGUGCAACAGUCCCGCCUGCAACCAAGACCGGGACACCGGCUAGGUGAUGUCUCAGGUUCAGUGGUGCUGUCUGCCCCAAGUCUCGUUGGAGAUGCCUACAGCGGUCUGGAUGGGGAGGAAGGGGCAGGCACUGGGGUGGACAGCGCCAUUUUUCAAGUGCCACGCAUUGGCAAGACUAUUCCUAACGGCACCGACAAAAACCAACAAGGGACUCCUGAAAAUGAAGGUGGUAAAACACAAGUAAUGGGGGAGAUCAAGGUCGCUCUGAAGAAGGAGGUGAAGACAGAAGGGGACCAACUGGUCUUGGAGAUCCUUCAGUGCAGAAACAUCACGUACAAGUUCAAAAGCCCAGAUCACCUACCAGACCUAUAUGUGAAGUUGUAUGUGGUGAACGUCGCCACUCAGAAGAGAAUCAUCAAGAAGAAGACCAGAGUCUGCCGACAUGACAGGGAGCCUUCUUUCAAUGAGACCUUCAGAUUCCCCCUAAACCCAACUGGACACUCCAUCCAGCUUUUCUUGGUGUCUAAUGGAGGGAAGUUCAUGAAGAAGACCUUAAUAGGGGAAGCCUACAUCUGGCUUGACAAGGUGGACAUGAGGAAGAGAGUGGUCAGCUGGCACAAACUGUUCGUCAGCUCGACUCAGACCAACCCCUGAGGACCAGGCCAAAAAGACGGACAGCGUAAAGUUCAGGGAUUUGAUGACAAAAUGCUCGAGUGAGAGGAAAGAAGAUGAGAGGAAAUGAGAAAAAAAAUAAUUUAAGUUAUGUCCUCCCUUUAUAAGUCAUAAGAAAAAGGGAAUUAUGCGAAAACAACAUUGCAAUUGUAUCAGUCCAACACUGCCAGCACACAUGUCCACCUCUUCCCAUGUCGAGGCUCUGAGGGCUAUUGGCUUUGCAUGUACGAUGCAAAAACCGAGGCAGGCACUGAUAGAUACUCCACAGCAAUACGGCUUUGAGGGCAGUCACGCCUUCUUCAACAUAGCUCCAAUUCCACAAUCCACAUGAGGCAUGGCUGUUUUGUUGCUUUGCAACUGUGCUAACCACAGAGGAAAAGAUAAAAAAAUAAAUAAAAAUGAAAUUGCAUUUUCUCUAUAUGAGAGUCAUUGUUGUGAUGCCCAAAUGCUGAUUGUGAUGUGUGUGGACUUCGGUGGUAUUGAAAUGUUUAACGAUGAUGGAAUGCAUUUUGUUUUGUAUAAUAGUCUAUCACUUUCAUGUAAAAAAAAAAAAAGAAAAAAGGAACUAACAAAGCUUAUGUAGAAGUGAGCUGACCUAUGCGGUGAGAUGAAGAUUAAAUGUACAGCACCUUCUGACUGUAAAUACCCCACGUGCAGAAAUACAGAGCAUAUCAGAAAAUCACAUUGUACAGUGAUAUUUAUAUGAUAUACAAAGAUAUCAGAUGCAGAAUAUAUCUAAAUAUACAGUCUAAGAGUUGUUCUCUUGUCACUAGAUUAUAAGAUUAUUAUAUAUAUAUGCAUAAAAUAUAGACAUUUGAUCUUUAGACUGAAGCUAUGGGUGGCGCACUGACAAUCCAUUAAUUUAUGGUGUAGGCAGUCUUAAUAAUUAUUAUGUGAAUGCGGACCUAUGUGAGCUCAAGGAUGUUUGUGAUCAUGUUCAGCAGCUCCCUCUGUCCGUCUGGUCAAGGUCAACAUAUGAUUACUAUUUCACAAGCAUGAUAUAGUAGGACAGGCUCGACUCACAAUAAAAAUGAACGGCAUCUCAUAGGGCUCCGAAGCCCCAAGCGUACGCUGCGUUGAAUGUUCCAAGCCAUCCUUAGAGGACGACAAGCGCUUAUCACAUCUGUGUCACGUGUGCAACAUUUUACUUUAAGGCUGUAGUAGUGGCUUAGAGUUCGUUGUUUCUUUCUGUGCUUUCCUUCCAUGUUAUUACACGGUUGGUAUGGACGUGUAAAUUCACACACAUUGUGUCAAAACCCUAACUAGAGUUGAAACUGUCAUUACCUCAGUGUUAGUAAAGCCCCCCCAGUCUGAGUUUUUCCUGGAAAUGAUUUUUAAAGUGCAGAAAAAAAAGAAUAUAUUUGUGUGUUUGGCUGUGCUGUAAAACACCGUACUGUUUUGUGUCAGUGACUCCCGUUAAAACACAGUGAACCAGCCUCUUUUCACUGCCCGGGACCAAAACACUCACUCAGGCCCACCGGGGCCCGGUCAUGUUUGGGGUCAGACUAACGCCAGAGGCCAGUGUCAAUACUGGAACACGAGCAGAUAAAACAUGUUUUCGUCUCGUUUUGCCAUCACAUCUACAGGAGGAGAAUAGUGACCCUCAGAGCUACUGUCUGGGUGUUUAGGCAUAUCACAGGGCUGACGACGCAACAUGGACAAAACAAACGCUGAGAACAAGAUGUCACUUAUCUCUUAUAUGAAUCCUAAAGCGACCCUGAACAUAAAGGAGAGCAUAACAAGUGAAGGAACGUGGUUGGAUUUUUUUUUGUUUGUUAUUUUUCCAAUGUUGACAAUUAUUUUGCUGUGCCAACCUUGAUUAUAUAUAUAUUUGUUAUCAUUUUUUAUUCCAGACCCAUUCUUUGAAGUAAUUCUAUGCAACAUAUGUGUUUGAAUGCAUUUGUGUUUUUUGGAAUCAAAAGUUUUAUCCGUGAACAUAUCGUCUUCAAAUAUGUCUUAAUAGGAAAAAAAUAAAUUAACAUUUAAUUUGUACAUCACUGAAAGAAAAUAUUAAAUAUAUUGAUUUUUUUACUGAUUUUAUUAUAUAUCGAUGCUAACAGCUGUUAACAUCUCCAUGGAGCUUGUGCACUUUAUUAUGACAUUGCUUGGUUUGUUACCAUUAUCAUGACAUGCAAGGUUACGUGUUUUGUGUUUCUGCACUGAAAUGGACUGAGUCAUGGUGUACGUAUGUGGUGGCAGAAAAUAUUGUGCUGUGCAUUUUGUAUUUAUGUGGCAAAAAGAAAAAAAACAAACAUGCAGACAUAUUUGGAGUUCCUAAACACAAUGCACAAUCUUGGUGGGGUGGGGCACACUUAACUUAAUCAUCCUCAUAAUGUAUCUAACAGUUCGUGUACACGGUACAGAAAAUACGAAAUGUUAUCUCGAUGCUGCGUCAUGACUGUUUAACCCCUCGUGUUUCAUUAGGCCUCCUUCCAGCUAAAUACUGUUCGUUUAGAUCAGCCGUUGCGUGUAAUCGUGAAACCACUCAUUCGUUGUUGUCCUGAAGGGUGUGAAUGUGACUCAAGUUGUUUGACAUGUGUACAUAAAGUGUUUAUUUUCUACAAAGAUUGAAUGUUUAUAUUGUCCGACGUUUGAGCAUGUGUGUGUCGAAAAAAAAAAAGAAAAAUUAACCGCAAAAGACUUAAAACUGUACAGCGAUGCGUGUCUAUAGUUGUAUAAGGGGAGUUGACUGUGUAAUGAAAACAUGUGCUGUCAACUGAUGACUAUCUGUGCAACUGCGUCCCGUGAACUGCUGAAACAACACAAAGGGAGAAAAAAAAAAUAUUCAACUUCAAUAGUCGUCUGAAACUUUCCGUUUUGGAUGUUGCAUGUUUUGUUGAUGGUUUGUCAGUAUAUUUUGCCUAAAGAUUAUGUUUAAAAAGAGAGAGAAUAUGUAUAGAUUUAUCUGUAUGCUGAGUGUGAAGAAAUAUGCUUGUAAAAUUGUCUUGUUUUUCACCCAGUGUAAAAACAAAGCAUAUACUGUUAUGGUUUUGUGGUUGUACACAGGAUGUGUUGAGAUAUGCAAAUUGUGCUGUAAAAAAAAUCAGCGUUUCCCCUGAGUCUAAAGAAUAAAUAUUAAGAAGAGCUAUAUUGCA